CAAAGGCUCGUGAGAAAACGAGUAGAAUUAGUACACACAGUACCGAAGUACCGUAUGGUACUGUACUACUACUUCUUACAUUAAUUCAAACCAGAAAAGAUACCUGUGAAGCACGUCGAGACAAAGAACACGUACCGGUACUUACGAGUACCCCCACUGUAACGUACAAGAGAAAAAUAUGGCACCAUGACGUAACAAAACGAAAUUAGGACACAAAAAUCGUUUGUAGCAGCUAGUCGUCCACCAAUUCCUGGCGACCCUUAGAGAAAGAUGUCGAGGCAGAUAAAGGUCAAAUGGAUGGCGCUACUUGGAGCUUCCUUGCUCCUGGUUUCGAUGAAAAUGAUGUCUCCUGUGUUUUCUUUUGUGUUAGCUUCCUCGAGUAGCAGAUUACGCUUGGGUUCAACCAAAGAUGAUGCCAGCCUGAGCAUGUCGGAAGAUUGGAGCGAAGGCGCAAGCGAUCCCAACAAAUGGACAUCCUCCUCCCGGAGCAAUAGCAAGAACAACGAUGGCAUUGGCGACGACGGCGACUGGGCUACACCCAUCGAUGGAACCGCCUGGUCAACCUUUGAGUCCAUUGAUGACGAAGAAGGCGAUUGUUCUGCCCUCAGUGAUUCCAGGAACGACGACGGGAACGACUUUCUUGUCGAUGACUCGGAGGCCUGGCUGGACACACUUCAGGCCAUCUCGGCCGAGGAAAUCGAAUUCAACCAGCGCGACAACGAGCGCGCCGAAAAAGCUCUACAGAUGAAGGAAUGGGGCUUCGAUGACACCACCAUUGCGAACACCUUUGGAGUCGCCGUCGACGAUUCCAGGGAGAAGGUGGACGAGCCCUCGGGGCUUGCCGAAUACCGUAAAGGUAUCUACGACGAGCUCGGGGCAGAAUACGACGAAGAAAACGACUCGAUUGAAUCGCACACACGUGUCGAGAUCGAUCCCGACACGGGGGAGCCCAUCCGACAGCAAAUGGUCUACGUAGAUGAGCACGCCUGCAUCGGUUGCACCAACUGCGCGACGAUUGCCCAGUCGACCUUCUUCAUGGAGUCGGGCUUUGGCCGGGCACGGGUCUAUCAACAGUGGGGAGAUACGGACGAGACGGUAGCGACCGCAAUCGAGACAUGCCCGGUCGACUGCAUCCAUUACGUCCCCUACGAGGAGCUAGUCACGUUGGAGAAAGACCGUCGAGGCCAGAAGAUCAACAACCAGGCCCGACUGGUCAACCAGGGCGAAAGCGCCCACAUGGCUUCCACGGGAUCCUCCAGUCAGUUCACUGCCCCCCAGACAAUAUCCGGGAACGCAUCCGCGCGUUGCUCCAAUUGCCCCACGCGGGGGUGCAAGACCUGUCCCAUGUUCGGGGUCGGGAAGAACCCAGAAUACGAGCGGAGGGAGGCUCUGCGUAAGGCCAACCAGCAGCGACGCAGGCUAGAGCGACAGCGGGCGGACGAAUCCAAGUCCGCCGAUCUGUAGCACGGAUCGUAAGGCGUCGCCACACAGCACCCAUACUGACUCAGUGGGUGUGCCGUACAACUACAACCCACUUGUGUGUUACAGCAACUUCUCAGAGUCGAUGGCGCAAGAUUAGCUAGUAGUACUAGUAGUAGCACUAAUAUCACUACUACUACUACUAGUAGUAGUAGUACAAUCAACAACAAUCAGGACUUCAGUUGAUAUGUAUCGUGCACACAGCCAUAAUGGUUUUAAGUACCGAGCUCCUACUACUAGUAACACAUGGUAGUUGGUAGUGAGUAAUUCGAACUACCUCCCUUCAGACCCUCACUAUUGUAGAAAGACAUGAUUUGGUUUAAUAAAAGCGGAACAAGAAA